GAAUUUUGCGUUGCAAAAUGGAACAGUCGAGAUAUGUUGCACCGAAGUCCCGUUUUCAUUUACACGUGAUCUUCAUGGUCCUUUUCGUAGUAAUCAAUAUAUUGGUGUGUGUAUAUAUGAUUAAUUUUAGUAGCGCAUUGACUGAAGCAUCCAUGAUUAUACAUAGCAAUUUUAUUACAAUUUUGAGUCCUAUAACCAUUCUGUGGUGUCUAUAUUCGAACGAUUCAGUUGUACAGAUGAUUCAGAAGGUGGCGGACGUGUCUGAUUUGUUGCCACCAAGAACCAUGCGUAAAUUAGCCAAAAUGAUUUACAUAAAGGAUGCGUGUCAAUUAAUUCCAUAUGUGUUAUAUAUACUACCCGUCAGUACAUUAUGGGAGAUUCCGUUCGUUGGCACUAUCACUUGGUACACAUUUUUAACGGUGAUUACGGCGAACGCUUUGUACGUAAACAACGUGUAUGUAUUGAAAGCUUGUUUCGAGAGAAUAAAUAAUUCUCUAGAGAAAAUAAAUUCAGUGCUGAUAAAGGAUGAACCACAUCUUCUUCGAAGAAUGUAUCGCUCGCAGACAAAUCCUAUGUUGCUCUCGGAACUGAGGAGCCUUAAGAAACAACAUUUAGCAAUUAGCAGUGUUGUCAGUUUGAUCAACGAAACGUACGGCAUACAAAAUAUCUUUGCACUCUUGCUUCUGUUCGUCGAUAUCACAUUCAAUGUGUACCAUCAUAUAGUAUUUUCCUUCCAAAGUGAUAUCACUACAACAUGGUUCAUCGGUUUUAAUGAGUAUGUCAUUUAUCACUCCUUUAAUAUCGUCGUAAUUAUUUGGACUGUUGAGAUAACCAAGGAUGAGGCACAGAAGAUUGGCUACAACAUUCACCGAAUUGUCGUGAACACUUUUGACGAACAAAUGACAACGGAGUUACAGUUAUUUUCUUUGCAAGCGCUGCAGAGCGAGAACGCAUUUCAGGCAUUGGGUCUUCCGAUAGACGCCACCAUUGCGACGAAGCUAAUAUGUUCGAUAACCACCAACGUGCUAAUACUCAUACAAUUUCUGUUGGUAAAGCCAUGUUGAGGAGUUUUUCU